ACAGUACACAGAAAUCAGAAUUUUAUCAAACAACCUGGGUCAUUUUCACACAUUUUUUGAAGAAUAAAACAGGCACUGUAAAGUUAUUUUUACCGUGAUUUUUACACUUAAAUUUAUUGUUCAACCCACUCUCGUGUAAACGUGUCCACACAUAAAUCAUUUUUUGCCGCGUUAGAACCAAAUACACACCACAUGUAUUAAGAGGCCCCAACUAUGAGUACAGUUUUCUUUUGCUGCAUGAUAUAGUCAAAACCAAAACACUCUAAUUUGUAUCCCUCAGUCACAUCUCUUUCAACACCAUUUUCCACCCUGCAAGAAAAUAUAUUGAGCCUUGGAUCAUUCAGUUUUCAAUGAUGUGCUGGCAAAGAUGGAAAACCAUGACAAUGACUGUGGUUUUGCUUCAACUAAGUUUUUCCAUGAAAGUCUUCUGUUACUCUUCUCAUGCAGAUAGAAUUGAUAAGCUUCCUGGACAACCUCACAUAGGUUUUCAACACUUCUCAGGAUAUGUUACAGUUGAUGAAAAAAAACACAGAUAUCUCUUUUACUAUUUUGUUGAAUCAGAAACUCAUCCAUCUUCAAAGCCUCUAGUCCUUUGGCUCAAUGGAGGACCAGGUUGUUCUUCCCUUGGAGUAGGUGCAUUCUCUGAAAAUGGACCUUUCAGACCCAAUGGAGAAGUUCUGAUUAAAAAUGAGCAUAGUUGGAAUAGAGAGGCAAACAUGUUGUAUUUGGAGACACCAGUAGGAGUAGGGUUCUCUUAUGCUAAAGGUAGUUUCUCCAAUAUUAAAGUGAAUGAUGAAAAGACAGCUAGGGAAAACCUUGUGUUCUUGCUACAAUGGUUCAACAAGUUCCCUCAAUACAAACACAGAGAUUUGUUCUUGACAGGAGAAAGCUAUGCAGGACAUUACAUUCCACAACUAGCAAAUCUCAUGAUUGGAAUCAACAAAAAGGAAAAGAUAUUUAAUCUUAAAGGCAUAGCAUUGGGGAAUCCGCUUCUAGAAUAUGUCACCGACUUCAAUUCAAGAGCUGAGUUUUUCUGGUCUCAUGGAUUGAUAUCAGAUUCAACUUACAAAAUGUUCACUGCAGGCUGUAAUUAUUCGCGGUAUGUCAGCGAGUACUAUCGAAACUUAAUUUCGCCUCUUUGUUCGAAGGUAAUGAGCCAAGUUAGCAGAGAAACCAGCAAGUUUGUGGACAAAUAUGAUGUCACCCUUGAUGUAUGCAUUUCCUCAGUACUUUCACAAUCCAAAGUUUUUUGUCCACAAAACCAUCAAGCAAAUGAGAGUAUAGAUGUAUGUGUAGACGACAAAGUUACAAAUUACUUAAACAGACGAGAUGUACAAAAGGCGCUCCAUGCCGAGCUUAUUGGAGUUUCAAAGUGGGAUGUAUGCAACAACAUCCUACAGUACAAUAUGCUCAACCUAGAAGUACCUACACUUCAUGUUGUUGGAUCGCUUAUAAAAGCUGGAGUUAGGGCAUUAAUUUAUAGUGGAGAUCAAGAUUCAGUAAUUCCACUGACCGGUAGCCGCACCUUGGUUCAAAAGCUAGCAAAACAGUUAGCAUUGAAUACAACAGUCCCUUAUAGGGUAUGGUUUGAAGGUCAUCAGGUUGGUGGAUGGACUCAAGUUUAUGGAAAUAUUCUCUCAUUUGCUACCAUUAGAGGUGCCUCCCAUGAAGCUCCUUUCUCACAACCUGAAAGAUCACUUGUUUUAUUCAAGUCUUUCUUAGAAGACAGGCCUUUACCUGAAAUUUUCUGACAAAUUGUUUGUGUUUUUUUUAUUUAGUUCAGAGAUUGUAAGUAACUCCAACAUUUGUUCUAUAUUAUAGUAUAUAAUUAGUAAAGGAAUGUAAUAACUGUGCAGGAUUUCAAAAGAAAAGCUAGUAAAAAUGAUUUUAGGGAAAAAGGGUUGCAGAUUAAUGUAUCCAACUUACAAGUAUAUGUGGUUGCAU